AUGGCAGAAUCCAAUAAAAAUUCUGACCAAAACCAACUUUCUGAUCAUCUUAUCAACCCAAGCAAUCCGUACUUUCUUCAUCCUGGAGAAAAUCCAGCUCUUGUUCUCGUUACACCAUUACUUUCUGAUACUAAUUAUCAACAAUGGAAACAUGAUAUGCUCGUGGCUUUGGAAACAAAGAACAAAGAACACUUUGUUCUUGGCAAGAUUCCAUGUCCAGAUUCAAAAGAUCCUUUGCAUGAGGCAUGGCGUCGCUGCAACAAGAUGGUAAUGUUGUGGUUAACGUGCUCUAUGACCUCUGAUAUAAAGCAAUAUGUCAUGUGGAUGGAUACCGCUGCUGAAAUUUGGAAAGAUCUUUGCGAUCGUUUCACCCAUCGUGACAAAUUCAGAAUUGCUGAUCUUCAAGAGGAGGUACAACAACUCAAACAAGAUGAUCUCACUGUGUCUCAUUACUAUACUCGUUUACGAAUUCUUUGGAAGGAAUUAUCCAUGUAUCGUACGAUUUUGGUGUGUAAGUGUUCUAUUACAGGCUCUUGUGGUCUUAUUGCCAAGAUUCAAAACGAACGUGAUGAUGAUUGUCUUAUCAAAUUUCUACGAGGUCUUAAUGAUGAAUUUGCUCAAGUCAGAUCUCAAGUGAUGUUAAUGGAACCUAUGCCUGAUAUGGUUCACACUUUUUCCUUGGUACUUCAACAAGAACGUGAAUUUGGUGGAUCAAAUUCUCAGGAGUCUAUAACUUUAGCAACAAUUAAUUCUGAUUCAACCAAGACCACUUUCCCAAAUAGAGGUAGCUUCACUAAUACUCGUGGUGGUGGAAGAUUUGGCAGAGCUAAUGGUAGAGGAAAUAGUAAAACCACAAAAUUCUGCACUAAUUCUAGAAAAAUCAAUCACAACAUAGAUGCAUGUUUUCAAAUAUAUGGAUUUCCUCCUGGCUACAAAAACAACAAGCUUCCUUCUAAUUCCACAAAACCUUCUGCUAACAAUGCUGAAACUGGAUCCACAAGUGUUCAAGAUACUUCUGUACCGGAGGAGACUAAAUCUCAGAAUAAAUUCUAUUUCUCUCGGGAUGAAUAUCAGGCUCAUUUAGCUAUUCUUCAACAACCCCUAACCAAUAAUUCUUUUGUAAACAAUGCUUAUCAAAGUACCGAUAAUCAUCCAGGUAUUCCUUCCUUUCAACCUAGAUGGAUAUUGGAUAGUGGUGCCACUGACCAUAUUUGCCCCUCUAAAGCUAGUUUUAAUACUCUUACACCUAUUAAACCUAUAUCCAUUAGACUACCUAAUAAUCAAUACUCUGUUGCUAGCUUUACAAGCACCAUUUAUCUUAAUAACUUGGUUCUCCAUAAAGUUUUAUAUGUACCUGACUUCACAGUACAUUUGAUUUCAAUUCCAAAACUUAUUGCCAACAAUGAUUGCAUUGUGGUAUUUUGUCAAGACAAUUGUAUUAUUGUGCAGAUACCUACCUUCUAG